GAUCGGCCCCAGCGCGGGGCGCGGGAGCGGGCACGGUGGUGGCUGGCCGCGGCGGGCCGGGCGGGCUGCGCCACCGUCACCGCCGGCGCGCCGACUUUGCCCUUUAAAUCGGUCUCGGAGCCGAUUACAGCUGAUCUCCCACGUGACGUUUUACCUUCUGUCUCCGGGAGCGAGUUGCCCGAGGACAAUCGUCCUUCGGCUGCCGCGCGCCGCGCCACCACGGUCGGCCGCGGGGGGCUCCGGCACCCGCCACUCCGGCGCGCUCCCGGGGCCGCUCUGCCCGCGGGCGUCGGGGGCCGGGUCGAGGUGGGGGGGGGGGUCGGCGUCGCCCGGCACGGCGCGUGGGCCAAGGGGGCGCUCUGCGGCGGCCGCGAGCGGAGCGGGUGCGCCCUCGAUGGCCGGGACGCAGGGCUGAGCCCCCCGCGCCCUCGCCAUGCAGAAGAGCGUGCGCUACAACGAGGGGCACGCCCUGUACCUGGCCUUCCUGGCCCGCAAGGAGGGCACCAAGCGCGGCUUCCUGAGCAAGAAGGCGGCCGAGGCGAGCCGCUGGCACGAGAAGUGGUUCGCCCUCUACCAGAAUGUGCUCUUCUACUUCGAGGGCGAGCAGAGCGGCCGCCCGGCCGGCAUGUACCUCCUGGAGGGCUGCAGCUGCGAGCGGGCGCCCGCGCCUCCCCGGGCCGGCGCGGGGCCGGGAGGUGCCCGGGACGCGCUGGAUAAGCAGUAUUACUUCACUGUCCUCUUUGGCCACGAAGGUCAGAAACCACUGGAGCUGCGCUGUGAGGAGGAGCAGGAUGGCAAAGAGUGGAUGGAGGCCAUUCACCAAGCCAGUUAUGCAGACAUUUUGAUUGAAAGGGAAGUUUUAAUGCAGAAGUACAUCCAUCUAGUUCAGAUCGUAGAGACAGAAAAAAUUGCAGCUAACCAACUCCGGCAUCAACUGGAAGAUCAAGACACAGAAAUCGAAAGACUUAAAUCUGAGAUCAUCGCUCUUAAUAAAACCAAGGCACGAAUGCGACCUUACCAAAGCAAUCAAGAGGAUGAGGAUCCAGACAUCAAAAAGAUUAAAAAGGUUCAAAGCUUCAUGCGAGGAUGGUUGUGCAGAAGGAAAUGGAAGACCAUCGUGCAGGAUUACAUUUGUUCUCCUCAUGCUGAGAGUAUGAGAAAGAGAAACCAGAUUGUGUUCACCAUGGUUGAAGCUGAGUCUGAGUAUGUGCACCAGCUCUACAUCCUGGUCAAUGGCUUCCUCCGACCCCUGCGCAUGGCGGCCAGCUCCAAGAAGCCGCCCAUCAGCCACGAUGACGUCAGCAGCAUUUUUCUCAACAGUGAAACAAUCAUGUUUCUUCAUGAAAUAUUUCAUCAAGGACUGAAGGCAAGGAUAGCAAACUGGCCUACUUUGAUAUUAGCUGAUCUCUUCGAUAUUUUGCUUCCCAUGUUGAACAUUUAUCAGGAGUUUGUGCGUAAUCACCAGUACAGCCUCCAGGUGCUUGCCAAUUGUAAGCAAAACAGAGAUUUUGACAAACUCUUAAAGCAGUAUGAGGCCAACCCUGCAUGUGAGGGGAGGAUGCUGGAAACGUUCUUGACCUACCCGAUGUUUCAGAUUCCCAGGUAUAUCAUCACACUGCAUGAGCUCCUAGCUCAUACACCUCAUGAACAUGUGGAGAGGAAAAGCCUGGAGUUUGCUAAGUCAAAAUUAGAGGAGCUUUCCAGGAUCAUGCAUGAUGAAGUGAGUGACACCGAGAACAUAAGGAAAAACCUGGCCAUCGAAAGAAUGAUCGUUGAAGGCUGUGACAUUUUGCUGGACACCAGCCAAACCUUCAUCCGCCAAGGUUCUCUUAUUCAAGUACCCUCUGUUGAGAAGGGGAAACUUAGCAAAGUUCGCCUGGGUUCAUUGUCUUUGAAAAAGGAAGGAGAAAGACAGUGCUUCUUAUUUACCAAACACUUUUUAAUUUGCACAAGAAGUUCUGGAGGAAAGUUGCAUCUGCUCAAGACAGGUGGAGUUCUCUCUCUAAUAGAAUGUACAUUGAUUGAGGAGCCUGAUGCGAGUGAUGAUGAUUCCAAAGGUUCUGGGCAAGUGUUUGGACACCUGGAUUUUAAAAUAGUGGUCGAGCCUCCUGAUGCUGCCCCAUUUACUGUGGUACUGCUCGCCCCUUCACGCCAGGAGAAAGCAGCCUGGACCAGUGACAUCAGCCAGUGUGUGGACAAUAUUCGGUGUAAUGGCUUAAUGACUAUAGUAUUUGAAGAGAAUUCCAAAGUCUCUGUUCCACAUAUGAUUAAGUCUGAUGCUCGCCUUCACAAGGACGACAUCGACAUCUGCUUCAGUAAAACGCUCAAUUCCUGCAAAGUGCCGCAGAUCCGGUAUGCUAGCGUCGAGCGCCUUUUGGAGCGGCUGACGGACCUGCGCUUUCUGAGCAUCGAUUUCCUCAACACCUUCCUGCACACCUACCGCAUUUUCACCACGGCGGCCGUGGUGCUGGCGAAGCUCUCCGACAUCUACAAGAGGCCUUUCACCUCCAUCCCUGUUAGGUCGCUGGAAUUGUUCUUUGCUACCAGCCAGAACAACAGGGGUGAACAUUUGGUGGAUGGAAAAUCCCCACGUCUGUGUCGCAAAUCCUCGUCCCCACCCUCCAUGGCGGUGUCCCGGACAUCCUCCCCUGUGAGGGCCCGAAAGCUGUCCUUGACGUCUCCCUUGAACUCUCGGAUAGGAGGCUUGGAACCGACCUCCUCCUCCGCGUCCAGCAGCCCCACCACUGCCCACAGCCCUGCUGCCUCCCCACCACCGCACAUGGGCAAAAUACCCUCGGACCUUUCCCGAGUCCCGUCUUCUCCAGAACAAAGCCCAGGGUCUGUGGAAGAGCAAGUGGAUAACCCCCGUGUGGAUCUGUGUAACAAGCUGAAACGAAGCAUUCAAAGAGCAGUACUGGAAUCUGCACCAGCAGACCGAGUCUCAGCGGAAAGCACAGCAGUGAUGGACACCACGGACCUUUCACCGUGUAGGUCUCCCUCCACGCCCCGACACCUCCGCUACCGUCAGCCUGGAGGACAGACAGCAGACAACUCCCACUGCUCCGUUUCACCUGCCUCUGCUUUCGCCAUCGCCACAGCUGCAGCUGGACAUGGGAGUCCACCAGGAUUUAAUAACACUGAGAGGACAUGCGACAAAGAGUUUAUUAUCCGGAGAACAGCUACAAAUCGAGUCCUGAAUGUCCUCCGCCACUGGGUCUCCAAGCACGCACAGGAUUUUGACCUCAACAAUGAACUAAAGAUGAACGUCUUAAAUUUGCUAGAAGAAGUUUUGCGAGAUCCAGAUCUUCUUCCCCAAGAAAGAAAAGCCACAGCGAAUAUCCUGAGGGUCCUUUCACAAGAUGAUCAAGAUGACAUCCACCUAAGAUUAGAGGAUAUAAUUCAACUGACAGACUGUCCAAAGGCUGAGUGCUUUGAGACCUUGUCCGCCAUGGAGCUGGCCGAGCAGAUCACUCUCCUGGACCAUGUUAUUUUCAGAAGCAUCCCCUACGAAGAGUUUCUUGGUCAGGGAUGGAUGAAAUUGGAUAAAAAUGAAAGAACCCCGUACAUCAUGAAAACCAGCCAGCAGUUCAAUGAUAUGAGUAACCUGGUGGCCUCCCAGAUCAUGAAUUACGCUGACAUUAGCUCCCGUGCCAAUGCCAUUGAGAAGUGGGUGGCUGUUGCCGACAUUUGCAGAUGCCUGCACAACUAUAAUGGCGUGCUGGAGAUCACCUCAGCCUUAAAUAGAAGUGCCAUCUACAGGCUGAAGAAAACUUGGGCCAAAGUGUCCAAGCAGACAAAAGCUCUAAUGGACAAGCUUCAGAAGACAGUUUCAUCUGAAGGAAGAUUUAAAAAUCUCAGAGAGACCCUUAAAAAUUGCAACCCCCCAGCUGUCCCGUACCUGGGCAUGUACCUGACAGACCUGGCAUUUAUUGAAGAAGGAACACCAAAUUUUACUGAGGAAGGUCUUGUCAAUUUCUCCAAGAUGAGAAUGAUAUCACACAUCAUCAGAGAGAUACGUCAGUUCCAGCAGACUUCCUAUCGAAUAGACCAUCAACCAAAGGUCACUCAGUACUUGCUGGACAAAGCCCUCAUCAUGGAUGAAGAUACGCUCUAUGCCCUGUCACUAAAAAUUGAACCCCGGCUCCCUGCUUGAAGAGCUGACCCAGGUCUUGAGUGCACAGGAUUUUCCUGGAGAGUGGGACAGACAGAACGUGCAUGCCAUGUCUCCCGUGGUGCGGCGAGGAAUAGGAGAGGUGAAGCCAGCCUCCUUUGUUCACCAAAGACAUCAAUUCAGACUGAAAUUGUCUGCAGUCAGGGAAGCCCAGCUGUUUGGGGUCAAAGACAAGUACUUCAGACUAGGGUGGGGAGGUGGAAAGACGGAUAUGGAGAAAAGCCGAUGGCACCAUUUUUGCACAGGGGAAUGUAAAGUGGGACAUGCCAGUAACCACUUGGAUGAAGUGGAAAAGAAGAUACAUUUCAGACUCUGCUCCAGAUUCUGUUCAAACAGAACCUGGGGCAAGGUUUCACGAAGACCUGGGAUGGCCUGUUGCCGACCUGGGCACUCUGAGAACCAAGCUCCUUCUAAGAUUUACAAACAUUCCUUUGUUCUAAGUUUCAGAGAACAGCAGCAGCAGCUUUGGGGGUUGGGCCGACACAGAAGCAAUUCCAGCCUACAGCAUGUUGCAUGGUUUCCAGUGCAUUCUAAAUAUUUACAUUGGAGGAAUGGCAUGUUCUGAAACUGCCUUUUCAGUCUUUAAACAACUGGACCGAGUAGAUGCGAUGAAAGGCAAGGAUUAGUAUGUAAAGUUUCCUUCCUUAACUCAGGAGCCUGUGUCUGGAAUGAUUCCAGCCUGUGACUGUACCGACAAAACUGUGGAUUCAGACAGAAAGUCACGCCACACUGUGGGGAAGAGGGGGCUUCAGUGCUAAGUUGAACAGAUCUACUUACAAAUCAUCUCUGCACUUUGCUAUGCUUGUUUCCCCACCCCACCCCCACCCAUAGUAAUGUGAGAGUCUAUUCUGAUUUAUACAAACCGUUUUUAGGAACACUAUUAAUACUGGUGGUCUUUUUUUUUUUUUAAAAAAAAAAAAAGCUGUUUUGUAGGAUUUUCUUUUUAAAGCCCACGCUGCCAUGUGCUGUUGGUAGACAGUUCUCCCCCAACCAUCUUUGUUUCUAGAGAAUUUGGGGAUAUUUUGGAGUGUAAAUAUUGUGUAAGUAUAUGGGAAAUGGGCCCAACCACUCAACAACUCGUAUGCCAGAACCAAAUGCAGGGGUUCACCCUGCUCCCCCAGGUCAGGGGGAGGUGUUGGCGCUGCUUUCCCCAGAAUCAUCAGUUGUUGAAGUAAUAGGGCUAUCUCUUAUUUACCUCCCUCUUCUCUUCUCAGGGAGAUUUCUGCUUUACAAGAAAGAAGAGAAAAAAAACGAGAGCGAUACCUGUGUCUAUUGCACGGGACAUUUUCUCUUUAAGGCAUGAAAUAUAUUGUUGCCAACAAUGAAAAUAUUGUUCUAUAGUUGGUUGCUUUCCCUCUUUCUUUGCACUUUAACUAUUUUGUUCAAGCUAAUGGCUGACUGAUAAAUUCAACUCACUGGCUCAGUAGACCCAGUGGCAGCACUGGCUUUGAUCAUGGAUCACAAAAGUGGGGAAUGUUCUUUUCUCCUGCAUGAUAAGGACCAUCUCUGUACAUAGUGCAAUAUCAAAGAUAUCCAAAAACAUAUUUAUUCUAUCUGAAGGUUGUUCCCAAAAAAUAUUUUCAAAAGUUCAUGUUGGCCAACAGUGUAGCACUGAGCCCCAGGGGUGACUAAUAGGUGUUUUCUUUCUUUUUUUUUUUUAAGUUUGCUUGUUCUUUUUCGUUUCAAAUCAGAGGUUGCUACAUCUUGCUGCAUGAUAACAAGCAUGGGUUACUUGGAUCCUAACAAGGCAUAGCUUGCCAUUGAAUUCCCAGUGUUCAGAAAUGAAAGAUUUAAGCUGAUCGAUGUCAGUUUCCCCAAGCACCUCAAGGUCUGGGAGAAGACAAGGCUUGUAUAGGUUAACUUUCUUGUCUCCAGUACAACGUCUUAGAAGGUGAUCUCAAAUCAGCAUCAGUCGGUGUAAGGACCACAUGCACAGCAGUUUCAGGCAAAGGAGCACACGGAGAAAGGUGGUCGCGUUCAAGUCUGUAUUGGAGUCCUUCGUCUCCGAGAGCAAGAGAGCAUAGCUUAUCCUGGAAGCAGGAACCCAAGAAAUUCCAGAUGUCAUUCCCUUCUGGGAAGGCAGGUUUCCCUCAGCUAGUGGCAAUGGUUUCGUGCCUAUUUCCCAUAGAAGAUUGGAAGCAGGUGCACCCUCACCCCAACCCCAGUAGUCAUCCAUGGGCACUAUCAAUGACUACGCUGACCUUUGAUUUUUGCAUUUUGUGGUGAGUUCCCAGGAAUUUCUCUUUCUGAGUGCUUGGGGCCUGGAACUAGGGUUGUGAGAGCAGAAACUUGACUUUGAGGAAGUUCCUUUGAUGAUGUGCACUGUCUCUGUAGGGGCACAAAUGCACUUUUCUCUAAGAUAAAUAAAUAAAUAAAUAAAACUUUUAUUCAAUUGCAUUUAAAAGUCCCCAAGA